AUAGUCGCCUAACUUAGACAUCCAAUACUCAAAGACCUAAUGCCUACAUCGUUCUUACCUAAGUAGUGAAAGAUGGUCCCCAAGUACUACGCUCUUGCCAGCAAUCUCCUUGCUUCCUUAAGUCUCGGAGCCUUGCUUGGAUUGGGGGUUUAUGUUACCAAAAACACAUUGGUCAUCGGGGGUAGCCCUACGCCCGGCUUCAGAGUCAUUCACAUCGACCAGAACUCAUGGAAUGUUGGCUGUACUAUCGUUGGGACGGCUGUGGGCAUUCUGGCAAUCCUGGGCUACUCACAACACGACAAUUUCUUAACGCGACAAGGGAUCAUGUCUGACCAGGGUGUUGUCGCGCUCUACCUCAGGCCGCUGACGGUAUCGAGAUCAGUGGCCCAGGUAAUUCGCGGCCAGUUAAUAACGACACGGAUACUCCUCGCCCUACUCACCAUCGUCUCUACCCUCUCCAGUGCCGCGACUGUGGCUAUCUUCGGCGUCCACAACAUAGAUAUAAAAUUGACCAAUCCCGUCCCGUCAUUUCCACUGGCAUCGUAUAACGACACUUUCUUUGAGACGAGCACCGACGGAUACUACCCCACUGUGCCUCUUGAUGAGAUUAACUUACCGGAGCUGGAGGCGUUUCUCUACAGAGCCGCUUAUAUCGGGGCUGCAACUACCAACGAUCCAGGCGGUUUCAAUCAAUUUAGCACAGCCUGGAUAUCGCCAUCAGGUGCAAUCGGAGAUACUUCUUAUUCAAGUCUCAAUACUGGCGGAAUCGGACUCAACAUGACUUCUUAUUUUGACUUCUCCGGCUACCCCAGCCGUUUUCACAUGCCUUCCGCAUACACCUUUAAUGACCUCUCAGGGGUCGUCUAUGGCACUCAUGUCAAUGUUGUCUGUGUCAAUUCCACCGCCAACUACGAUCUUGACUACAGCCGGCUCGAUGACGAUAUAGCGGUUUUCAAGAUCAGUAACCAUCGUAAUGUUAAUUUUCAGAUAGUUCAGGACACCAAGUCUCCCAAUGAUCAACUCCUCAUCGGCGCCGCCGUCUCAGGCACAUCAACCACAGAUCCAAUACUCACGAUAGCAGUGCCGGUAGAACUCGGAGAAACAUUCAUCUGUGACUGUACCUACUCUGGGCGUGAAUACAUGGCUUCUAUUAUCGUGUCAUCCCGUCUGUCACCGCUGGAAGUUGUGGCGGAGGUGAAUCAGGGGCCAUUUAUCGGCCUUGAUGUCAAGUGGCUAUUAGCACGCACCGCCACGAACUUUUUACGAAAACCUGGUGGAGGUAGUCUUAUCAGCGCUUGGACGUCGACAUCCUGGAAUAAUGGUGGUGACAACAAUACAGAUACUGCAGCACUGUUGUCUACCAUUCUGUCGCAGACUGGAGAGGCGCAACUAAGUCUUUUGAGACAGACUGCUGAGAGAUCUAAUACAGAUACCCAGUCUUAUAAGCCUCACUCCAGCUCGGUCACCAUGUCUGUCAGGAUCACAAUGAUUGGAAGUGGUCAGUACGGGUGGCUUAGCCUAUAUGCCCUGCUUCUGGUUGGGGCAUUGCUGGGGCUGAUACGGACAUUGUCCAGAUUCGAGCCCGCUUCUCCGGAUGUUCAGGAUCCAGUAAAGGUCUUAGGACUAAUGCUCAACAACGACACAAUCAAUGACAAAACCAGACUAAAGAUUGAUGAAAAGAUUGAAGUUCUUUGUUCAAGCCAUCUAUAAACGAGGAACUAGGAGGGCAGAUGAGGGUUGGCAGUAGGCAUAUAGGGCCGUUAGGUUAUGUACGCAAACAAUUCAACACUUGGUUUGAUUACCGGAGAUCUAAGAUAGUCCUCUAGCAAGUAUUAAAGGCCUUGACUCCUCG